GAAUUGCCUACUUUCGCUUUCGUUGUGGCUGGCGUUGCGCGCGGACAAAGGCAGACGAGUUGAAGAAAAUAUUGUUUUGAGUCGAUCUUCGACGGAAAAAGGAUGAAAUAUUUUCUUUGCUUUGCUUUCCUGUUCUACCUGAGCAGCUGUGCUCUCGGGAAACAAUCCCCUCCAAAGGUGCAGGUUUAUAGCCGUAACCCUGGCAAGCUGGAUGAUGCCAACCAAAACACCCUGAUCUGUCAUGUCAGUGGCUUCCACCCUCCUGACAUCACCAUCAUCCUUGAGAAGAAUGGGGUCGAGAUUCCAGGAGCCCAGCAAACUGACCUGGCCUUUGAGUCAGGCUGGCAGUUCCACCUCACCAAGUAUGUUCCCUUUCAACCAAAGAAAGGGGAAACAUACACCUGCAAGGUCAGGCACAUGACUACCACCAAGACAUACACCUGGGAACCCGAUAUGUAAGAUUGAGAAAGCCGAGGGGAAAGAAAGACAGCUUGUUUUUGCUCACAGGAUCCACUAGUUGAAGUGAAUCUCGUCUCAUCAAAGUGGAAAUGACUACACAACUUAAAGCAAUGACUGUCUUCUCAAAUUUUGGCUUAGAAAAAGCGAGUUUCCUAUGCAUUGCUAAAGCUAUUGCACAGUAAUUGUUUGGUGGUGGGACAUUGAAUAGUAACCACUAGAUGGAGGUGUUGUUUAAUAUGCCUGAGAGAAAGAGCAUGGCCAUUUGGGUAAAAAUGGCAUGAGGGUAAUAAAAUCUUUAUUUAAUUUUAGGUGAUUGUGCUUGUGCUCUACUGUAUGUUUCAAGGGAUAUUUCUUAGCUCUAAGCCAGAUCUACUUAUCUGAUCACAUUGUAAUGAGGGGAAACACUAUAAGCACUUUUGUACAUGAGGUAGUUUCACACUAUGUGCUAGUGAAUAUUUUCUAAAAAUAAUAUGUUAGAAGCAAGGAAUAUAGGAACAUGGGCCAGCUCUAGUUUGAUCUUCAUUGUGGCCAGGUGAAGUAAACAGAUUAUUUUGCACUUCCCAUAGCAAGACAAUUACUUGUAAUUGUUAUUCUCUUGCAAAUAAACAAUUGUAAAGAAAUCA